AUGAAUUUCAAAAUAACCGCAAUUAUAUUACUGAUUCUAGGGAGGUGCUUAUUGAUCGGUGCCAAUGAUUUCGAAUUGCUAGAAGCAUGCACUUCAUUGGAUGAUCCUAAUUGUGUAGCAGAAGCUCAAGGUAUACAUAAACCUACACAGCAGUUCCUCGCUGGGGGACAAGAAAAUCUUCAGGUCUCGUCAGAUCCACCCAUUGUUCAAUAUUAUGACUCGGGACUCAAGUUUUCGGUUCGCAAGAGGUUUGAUAACCCGUCAAUCCUGUCAACUUUUGAAGUCUUGUACGGCAGGGCCGAAGUCGAAUUAAAGGCUUCGCAUGGAUCGGGGAUCAUCUCAUCUUUUUAUCUACAGAGCAAGAACUUGGAUGAAAUUGACGUGGCCGAAACGUUUGGCAGUAACCCUUAUGCAUUCCAAACCAACUUUUUUAUAAAGGGAAAUACGUCUACGCAUGAUAGAGGUGGAUACCACGAAAUGGACGUCCCUCCUAUGGACGAGUUCCAUAAGUACGGCAUCGAGUGGACGGAGGACAAGAUUGUCUGGCUGCUUGAUGGAGAAGUCAUUAGAGUCGUGACGAACGACCACCCUCAAGGGUUCCCCCAUGCACCUAUGUAUAUCAAGUUUAGCUUAUGGGCCGGGGGUGACGAAUUGAAUGAGCCAGGAACGAUUGACUGGUCUGGAGGUAGAACAAACUACGAAGAAUUACCAUACACCAUGUACAUCAAGAAUCUCCAUGUCGUUGACUACUCAACUGGCUUCCAACAUAGGUAUGGCGACAGCUUGGAGGAUUGGAUUACGAAUGACAAUUCAGAUAAUAAAUGGGCAUCCCGGAACAGGUUCGAAAUAACAGAAAAUGCCUUUAGAGACUUCGAUUCAAGCGUUCGUUCAAAGAAUGAUAAAGACUCUAAAUAUGAACGAACUCCCAAAGAGAAAACUACGCCGUCUGUAGGUAAGCCAAAAAUCGUCAGUAGCGAAAAAUAUCAACAGGCGACACCUUCUGACACAAAAAUCGAAGAAACCAAUCAAAACAACACCAUUGCAGCUACCAGUAUAGGUGUCUCGAAUAGAAAUCGAUGGAUUAUUAUGUUAGAGGCUGUAGCUGCCGAAUUGUUAGUAUUACUUCUAGUACUUUAA